AUGGCCUUACAAGUACCAUCAACCACCUCCGUAGCGACCGCAGUACCAGUAAACUCGUCCUCGUCGCGCGACACUGACAACAAAGAUGAGUACGGUAAUUACUCUGUAGUUGUUCGUACUGCCACUUCCAUACAUGCUGGUACGAACGCCAACAUCUUUAUUCAACUCAACGAUAUUGAGGGUACCAAAACGGACAAAAUCAGAUUGAAGUGCUCAAUUAGUCAUCGGAAGAAGUUUCAACGUGGUCAUGUAAGUGUUUCUAUAGGUUUUUUAAGGUAUUUAAGCCUAAAGUAAGGUAUUGAAACUUAAGAUAGAAUUCUUUAGUCUUACGUAAGAUUCUGAAGCUUAAAAUGACAUUUAAAGGUCUAAACUAACAUUUUCAUACUCGAGUUGCCAGUUUUAAGCUUAUAAUAAAAAAGGUAAGCUUUAGAGGACUUUCAUAAGCCUAAAAUAACAUUUUUAAAGUUAAUAUGACUUUUAAGAAUAAAAUGACACUUUUUAGUUUAAAAUGACAUUUUUAAGCCUAAACUGACAAUUUUAAGUCGAAGCUGACAUAUUUCAGCCUAUAUGAUGCUUUUAAGCCUAAAUGACAUUUCUAAACUUAGAAUAAUAUUUUUAAGCCUAGAAUGACAUUUCCAAGUCUAAAACAAAAAUUUUAAGCCAAGAAUGACGAUCCUAAACCAAAUAAACUAUUUCAGGCGGACCUGUUCAUGUUGGUCGACCAAAACCUGUUGGUUCAGUUAAAGACGGUGGAGGUGUGGUGUGAGGGUCGAAGACGAAGAGAUUGCUGGCUGUGCCAUUCGAUCGACGUUCUGGAUCAUCAGUCCAAUGUGAUGUACCAUUUCCCGUUAAACAAAUGGCUUGGCGAGUCGAGUGAGCAGGUCAACAGCAACACGAACUACGCCCUUCUGAAUGUGGCUUCUCCAACCUUCAAAGUGUUCAGCAAAGAAGACUUUGUUUAA